CUGUCACCAUACCCACCAAAGCAACCCAAGUAUUCUCCAUCUUCCCCAUUUGGCUUCCUCACUUCACAAGCCUCAGCCACCUCACUCCCCCAUGCAAAACUGCAUGUCCACGUGGAGGCCUCAGACCCCACCACGUCCCCACUCACUACUUCCUCAAACCCCCUCAAAACCAUCUUUGAUCACUAACCAUUUCUUCUCCUCACUGAUCAUAGACAACAACAGCAACUUACGACGUCGUUUGAGAUGGCCUCCAGUGACAAGAGACCGACUCCGAACCCAGUCAGCGGCGGCGACGACUCCACGACGCCGGGGAAGCCGAUGGCGAUGGGGCAGCACGUGCUGGACAAAGGAGCGGAGAUGAUGCAGUCGCUGAAGCCGGUGAACCAGAUGAGCCAGCACGUGUGCACCUUCGCUCUCUACAGCCACGACCCGACACGUCAGAUCGAGACCCACCACUACGUCCAUCGCCUCAACCAGGACUUCCUCCAGUGUGCCGUCUACGACUCCGACGGCUCCCACGGCCGCCUCAUCGGUGUGGAAUACAUUGUAUCUGAUCGGAUUUUCGAGGCUUUGCCUCCGGAGGAGCAAAAACUAUGGCACUCUCAUGCUUAUGAGAUCAAAGCGGGUCUUUGGGUCAACCCCCGGGUCCCCGAGAUGGUCGGCAGGCCGGAGCUCGAAAAUUUGGCCAAAACUUAUGGCAAAUUCUGGUGCACAUGGCAGGUUGAUAGAGGUGAUAGGCUUCCACUAGGGGCACCUGCCCUGAUGGUGUCAUCGCAACCGGUGAACUUAGGGCAUGUGAAGCAGGAGCUGGUGGCGAGGAGGGAUGACAAGUACAACAUAUCCACAGACGCCAUAAGCCAGUCGAGGUUGGAGAUCGGGGAGCCGGAGUGGAGCAAUCCGCAGGCGGACUACUGGAAGAAUCACGGCAAGGGUUUUGCCAUCGACAUUAAGAGCACUGAGAUGAAGACGAGGGCGCCCUUUCCUUAGUUGCAACAUGUGUUGCAUGAUUGGGAUAAGAAGACGAGGCCCCCCUUUCCUUGGAAGG